CGUCGCCGUACGAGUAGUACCCAUGCAUUACGACGAUCCCGUACUGGAUGUACUUAGGAACACGCUCCGCAUCGCAUCGCAGAACAGACUCCGUCAGUCAUUUUGUGAGAAAAAAAAAUCAUUGAACGCAGAUCUUUUGUUUCCAGAAGCAGGAAAUUGUUGGCAAAAACUGUUCCACCGUUUUUUCAAAUCCAAAACGAAUCCUCCUCCUCCUCGUUCUUGUCACAAAGAGAACAACGGUCCGGAUCACAGGACUCUCUCCUUCUUUCUCUGCGCACCAGAACAUUGCAUCAACUCUGUUGCGAAGCUAGAGAGAACAAGCAAGAAUGGUUUUCUCUCCGCCACGAACGUCCCGGCGAGGGAUGGGUUCGAACGCUUUGUGGUUGGCACUCCUCCGGUUGGCGUCGCUGGUGUUGGUCGCCCGCGCCUUCUCGGGGAAAGGAACGCCGCGCACCAGGGCGUCCCCUGCGGUUCUCUCCGGAAGCGGGGACGAGAGCGACGAAACACCGGGGGCUUCCUGGGACGACGGCGUGGACUACGACAAGGAAUGGCCGGACGGGGGCAGCGGCGGAAGCAGCGGGAGCCUGCCCGAUCCCGGGACCUCCUGGGACACCCUUCCGAACAAGCUCAACGCGGACUUUCUGGGAAACGACGCGACCGAGCUGCUCGGGAUCAACCUGGAGCUCGAGCCCCUGUCGGCACAGGACGCGGAGCGGCUGCGCAACGACGCCCGAAAAAUCGUCGAGGAGGCCAUCGACGCCGGCGUGAACGACAUCGAGGCCCUCAAGAAGAAGAUGAAGCGCGAGCUCGACGCAAACCGGAGGGCGAUGUCCCUCGCCUCCGACAUGGAGGCCAAGCGCCAGACCGAAAAGCUCAUGAGCAAGAUCGAUCGCAUGACGGGAGACUUUCUCAGGUCCAACGAGGCCACCCGGGCGUCGACCAAGAUGGCCGCAGCGGCGAGCCGUGCCAUGGAGGGCAGGGGGCUGGAGAUGGGCACCUGGGGCGUCCUGGGUGGCCGGACGGUGGUGGCGGACGACGACCUGGCCAGGAGCGGGGCGGCCGGCCUGCUGGGAAGCGUGGGGAAUGCCGUCCGGGAGGCCGACAAGGCGGCCAACACCAAAACGACCCUGGACGACUACAACGACCUGGGAAGCAUUAGCAGCACCUACCGGGAGGAAGACCCGCCGGCCGACGUUCGGGAAAACCGCAUCCUGAUCGUGGCCGACACGCAAAAGGACAAGCUGGCGAAGGAGCUGGUCCCCGCGCUCAUGGCGGCCUUCGAGCGAGAGAAGGACAGCAUCCCGGACCUGAAAUUCGAUGUCCUCUCCCCGACUUCCACCAUGCCCCUGGGCGGGAACGACAGCCAGUGCGUGGUGGUCUUUUGCACCGGAUUGAGCCAGCCCGACUCGCUGAAAAAGAUGCUCGACCGGCUGCUGCGCAGGACGCUGGCGACGGGCGGGGGAAAGGUCGGAACGCCCCCGACGCAGCUCGUGGGUGUUUCGACGCUGGGGACGGAGCGCUUUGGUACCUUUCCCUACAACAUGCAAAACUUUUUGGGAGGGAAGCUCGAAACGCGGCGGCAGAUCGAGGAGGUCUUGAUCAACACGGUCCGGAACCGCGUCGUCGAGCCACCCCUGGACUACACCCUUCUCAAGGUGAAGGAGGGAGACUUUCUUCCGGACGAGAGCGUCGGCAGCGGAUCACCAAGCUUUUCGCUGACCCCUGGGGACGUCCCCGACGACGCCACCUCGGUCGAAACGGCCGCGAGGGUCCUCCUGCAGGCCAUUGCCUUUCAGCCCCCGGCCCGGAACUCCACCAUCGGGCUGGCCGGGGUCCUGCCGGCCUCGCUCCUGGAAGACCCCUCCGGUUCGGAGGAAGUUCUCGACGAGCAGGACGAUUUCUGGAGGGAAACCUUUGCCUGUUUGGACGGGCCCGAGCUCUGGCGGACCGUCCUGCUCGAGGUCGAAACCACCGGCGAGGGAGGCCUUCCGGAGGAAGAACUCGCGGGCACCUGCGACCGGCUGCUGGAGUACCUGGGCGAGUGGGCAGGGGUCCUGGCGCGGUCCGGAAAGGGCCUGACGACCCCGGUCAAGGCGGAAACCGAAGGCGGCCUGGACCCGGCCUCGAUGGUCACCCCCUCGAACAGCCGGACCCUGCUGGUCCAGGACGGGGUCCGCCUCCUGUUCCUGCCGACCAAGACCGGCAAGAACUACGCCAGCAAGGAGGAGGAGGAAGAACUGCGCAGGGAGCAGCAGCAGACAAGCGGGAGCGGCAACCGGGUUCCGCCCCCUCCCAAGACGGCCAGGGAGGGCGGGAUCGACGUGGUGGUGGAAAUCGCCGAUCUCCCGGGGGAGGGAUCGUCCGCUCCCCGCCGCCGGCAGCUGCGGGUCCGGGCCAGGAGGACCAACUAUUCCGAGGACGCGGUGUUCAAGGAGAUGAGCGAGGCCACCAUCCUCAAGCGGCUGGAGGAGGCCCUGGAGGUCUUCAAGACCGAAAACAACAUUUUGCCGCCCUGAGGAGAAACAACAAGCGGUGGAUUGGAUUUUGUCGAUCGCCGGGCGAACCAGACCGGCAGGAAACAAAACGACACAAACCCAAAACAAGCACGACCACAACCGCGUUCCCAGCCCGGCCUUGCCCGGUGCCGUGCCACCCUCACGGUAGGAGAAACGAAAACGAAAACGAACAAUACUGUAUGUUAUAAAAUAAUCCUAAAAAA